AUGGAGAAGCCGAUUGACAGAAAGUAUGCUUUCCAGGAAGCCUUGAACAGUGCAGGAGAUAAAUCUGUGGUAGUUGACUUCUCAGCCACGUGGUGUGGGCCUUGCGAAAUGAUCAAGCCUUUCUUUCAUUUCCUCUCUGUAAAGUAUUCCAAUGUGGUGUUCCUUGAAGUAGAUGUGGACGACUGUCAGAAUGUUGCUGCAGAGUGUGAAGUCAAGUGCAUGCCAACCUUCCACCAGGCAACCUUCCAGUUUUUUAAAAGAGGACAAAAGGUGGGUGAAUUUUCUGAAGCUAAUAAGGAAGAACUUGAAGCCACUAUCAAUGAAUUGGUUUAA